AUGAGUAGGAAGAAGGAGAAGAAAAAUGUGGACAUGGAGGAGGAAGAAGAGGAGGAGUGGGAGGAGGAUGAACCUUGGAGAAAUUCCAAGGGAAGGAAGACUGGUGGGGGCACCACCUCUUGGGCUAGGCAAGCCAGAAGAGCUGCCAAGCAAGCCAAGAAGGUGAUGAUCCACUGGCAAAAAGGGAACAAAGCCCUUGCAAAAGGGACACCCCUUGAGAAAGGGAACAAAGCCCUUGCAAAAGGGCAAUAUGAAGCCAAGUGGCAGGAGCUGAAGGGAAGCUUGGUCCCAGGCUUGGUCCCAGGCUGGAAACUGGCACAUCCCUUGAGAAAGGGACAGCUGCAAGCAGCAGCAAUGCUGCACCCCUUGAAAAAGGGAAAAAAACUUCUUGAAAAAGAGGAGGCAACAGCCCUUGAAAAAGGGCAAUUCCUUGAAAAAGGAAAUGUUGCCAAAAAGGUGGCAGUUCUGGAGUCAAAGACUGCCACCAACAAGCAGGCAAAAUCCCUUGCAAAAGGGAAGGAGACUGCAGCCCUUGAAAAAGGGUCAGAAAAGAAGCAGUCCCCUGAAGCCCAAUCAGAACCUUUGGCUGUGUUGGUUGAUUGGCACCAUUGCCUGAAAAAUGGUCCCCAGGACACUGUGCUGGUCCAGGACCUCAUGGCCCUGCAGAAGCUCCUUGACAAAGGAGUGGAGGUGCAUGUGCUCUCCUUCUGUGGGGCCAAGCAAAUCACCAAAGUUGAAAAGGAAAUGUGGGACAAGCUCCCGGAUCUCAUUGAACAACUUCACUGGUGGGGAUGCUGCACCAGUCGCACUGGGGUGGGGGGCAAGGCAGAGUAUGCCACAGAGUGGGGCUGCCAGGUGGCCUUUGAUGAUUCAAAGGACAUCUUGCAAGAGCUAGGCUCAUGGGGUGUCAAAACCUAUGGCAUCCAGACACCCAGAGAGAGCCAUGCAUGGAUGCCAGAAAACUCCAGGUUUGCAUCCUUUGCAGACGCAGGCAAGCCCUUGCAAAAGGACAAGCCCUUGCAAAAGGACAAGCCCUUGCCAAAGGGCAAGCCCUUGCCAAAGGGCAAGCCCUUGCCAAAGGGCAAGCCCUUGCAAAAGGGCAAGCCCUUGCCAAAGGGCGAGCCCUUGCCAAAUGGGCAAGCCCUUGCAAAAGGACAAGCCCUUGCCAAAGGGCAAGCCCUUGCCAAAGGGCAAGCCCUUGCCAAAGGGCAAGCCCUUGCAAAAGGGCAAGCCCUUGCCAAAGGGCAAGACAAGCCCUUGCAAAAGGGCAAGCCCUUGCCAAAGGGCAAGCCCUUGCCAAAGGGCAAGCCCUUGCAAAAGGGCAAGCCCUUGCCAAGGGGCAAGCCCUUGCCAAAUGGGCAAGCCCUUGCCAAAUGGGCAAGCCCUUGCCAAAGGGCAAGCCCUUGCAAAAGGGCAAGCCCUUGCCAAGGGGCAAGCCCUUGCCAAAUGGGCAAGCCCUUGCAAAAGGACAAGCCCUUGCCAAAGGGCAAGCCCUUGCCAAAGGGAAAGCCCUUGCCAAAGGGCAAGCCCUUGCAAAAGGACAAGCCCUUGCCAAAGGGCAAGCCCUUGCAAAAGGACAAGCCCUUGCCAAAGGGCAAGCCCUUGCCAAAGGGAAAGCCCUUGCCAAAGGGCAAAUCCUUUCAAAAGGACAAGCCCUUGCCAAAGGGCAAGCCCUUGCCAAAGGGCAAGCCCUUGGGAAAGGGCAAGCAUCUCCUCAGCAGUGGCAGCAAGCCCUUGAAAAAGGGAAAGCCCUCUGCUAAGAACUUCAACAGACUUGGCAAUCUUUCUUUGCAAGAGAAGGUUGCUGCAGUUUGUGAGGAGCAAGUGAUGAUGACAGGCUGGUUAACCAUCCAGCAACCCUUGAAAAAGGGUGGGGGCAAGUCACCAUCCCUCUGUUCACACAUGGUGAUGGAGUGGAAUAUGAAUCCAGGGACAGCUUGA